CCACAUCCCAGCAGUCAGCAUCUCCUGCAGAGAUCCAGAACAUCCAGCAAGUCAUUCUUUUAGCGCUAUGAAUCUAAGGACCUGGCGAAAAUUCCGGCGUACAAUCGAGCAAACCCUGUGAACCCAUUUUCGCGGGGCUCAUUACGAAAUCUUAAAAUUCGUUGAGCGCAGGUCUACCGGUAGAAGCAGCACACCACCCGGUUUUCCUACGAAUUCCGGCCAGGUCAACAGAACUCAUCCGCUUGGCCGACCACUGGUUUUCGCUUAGAACGAGCAUAUCUACAACUUUCUCUCACUCCUCGUCUUCCUGAAUUCGAGCGACAAGAUGGCGAAGGACGGAGAAAUUCACGAGCAUAUACCCCACAAGACGGAGCACAAGGAGCAGAAUCCCAUGUCGAAUUGGGUAUACGAUGUUUUUCUAUGGACCUUCUCAAUCCUAGUGGAUUUGUUCUUUCGAGAAGUACAUCCACGAGGAUCAUGGAAAGUCCCUCGCCGAGGCCCUUUAAUCUUUGUGGCUGCCCCGCAUGCCAAUCAGUUUAUUGACCCUCUUAUUCUUAUGCGAACUCUGCGUACCGAGUGCCACCGACGCGCUACGUUUCUUAUUGCUGCAAAGUCCAUGAACCGAUGGUUGAUAGGAUGGGGUGCACGGAAGGUCGGCGCAGUGCCAGUUGGACGAGCUCUUGAUAUGGUCAAGCCGGGACCAGGCACUAUCUAUCUACCAGAUCCUAUCAACGACCCUCUUCUUAUUCGCGGAGUUGGCACAAAAUUUGAUGAUGGCAAGCUGGUCCAGAUUGGUGGCUUACUGGUUCUCCCGAGCGUCAAUGGAACCGCGGCGAACGCUGAAAUUGCGGAAAUCAUAAGCGCCGAAGAGAUCAAGCUGAAGAAGCCAUUCAAGAGUAAGGCUGCCAUGAUACAGAUGACAGGCCGGGAUGAUGUGGACCACAGUGGGAAAUUCACAGAUCAGAGUGUCAAGGGAACCAAGGCAGGAUUCGGAGGUUCGAUUUACAAAGUUGCCCCAAAGGUCGACCAAACUCAGGUCUAUGAUGCUGUCUUCGACCGUCUCAGUGCUGGUGGCGCAGUUGGCAUCUUUCCUGAAGGUGGAAGCCAUGAUCGAACAGAAUUGCUUCCUCUCAAGGCUGGUGUUGCAAUCAUGGCACUUGGCGCUUUAGCAGCAAAUCCUGACUGCGGACUGAAAAUUGUUCCCUGCGGCAUGAACUACUUCCAUGCGCACAAAUUCAGAUCUCGGGCUGUGAUUGAGUUUGGAAACCCUAUCGAAGUGCCGGAAGAACUGGUUGAACUCUAUAGGAAUGGAGAACGAAGAGAGGCCGUCAGUCAAUUGCUAGAUACAGUCUACCAAGCUCUCGUUGCAGUCACAGUCACAAGCCCGGAUUACGAUACCCUAAUGCUUAUUCAGGCAGCUCGCAGGCUGUACAACCCAACUGGCAAAAAGCUCCCUCUUCCAAUGGUCGUGGAGCUGAACAGAAGAUUGGUUAAAGGAUACACGCAUUACAAAGAUGACCCCAGGAUCGUUUCGUUGAAAAAGUCGGUCACUGCUUACAACAAGCAAUUGCGUUACCUGAACCUUCGAGACCAUCAAGUCGAAUACGCCAAAUUCUCUAUUCCGAAAGUUAUCUUCCUACUUUUUUAUCGACUGGGGAAGAUCUCCGUGCUUUCCGUUGGUGUAAUUCCUGGUUUGGUACUCUUCGCCCCGGUCUUUGUGGCGUCCAAGAUCAUCAGCAUCAAAAAGUCCCGCGAAGCUCUUGCCGCGUCAACAGUUAAGCUGCAAGGUCGAGACGUUAUGGCAACGUGGAAACUACUCGUCGCUCUUGCAUUUGCGCCCAUUUUGUACAACUUCUACACCGCCUUGCUGACUUACUGGACCUAUCGGAAUCGAGUCCAAGGCUAUGUACCGGACUGGGUGCCACUUUGGGCAGUGGUUAUCUUUGGAUACAUUUUCUUCCCAACAAUUACGUUUGCUGCUCUCCGUUUUGGCGAAGUUGGCAUGGACAUCGUGAAGUCUCUGCGACCACUUGUCCUUUCUCUUAAUCCCAGCUCCAGCAACACCAUUCACAAACUUCGAAAACGACGAGCUGAACUAAGUGCCGAAGUCACCGAUGUCAUCAACACAUUGGGCCCAGAAAUGUUCCCCGAUUUCGACGCUGCCAGAAUCGUGGCUGAUCCUUUCCGAGUUGAUGGCGCUGCUAGCCCGUCGUCACCCACACAUGGAGGAUUCCAUCGUAGAGAUAGUAGUCACUCUGGCAUCUCCGAAGCCGAAACUCCUCCUCAGUUCCGCAGGAUAAACACCAACGCAUCAAUAGGUGGUGGAUCUAGCAUGAGUGGACACUUACCCAGGAACGAGUCUUUCAAGAAUCUAGGAAAUAUUGCACUCUUUGCCACGCCCAGGAGUAGAAGCCGAAGUAGUAGCAGUGGUGGAGCAGUGGGGUCAGCGGGGUUCUCAUUGAAGAGUUUCAGCACUUUGGACACCAAAGCUAGUUUUGACGAGGUCAGCAUGAAGAUUAGGGGAGCAAUGCGAGAGAGAGGCCAGAUACGGAGACGACAGAGUGAGGAGGCUAGAGAUGAGGAAGAUGGCAACGAUAGCGAUGGGGAGGAGAGGAAGGACGUCUAGGAUACUACGGGCUUUGGUGCAGGUUUGCGAGCAGCUGGAUUUGUGGUUGUGUUACCUUUGAUUUUAUGUAGCGUAGGCGUUCGGAUAAUACCACAGGCAAUUUUUCGAUUCUCGCACGCACUUAUUGGUCUUUUGGUAACAAAUAGUAUAACUUCUCGCCGUGGAUACAAGGAGCAACACCAAUUUUCAUUGUCCUCGGUCCAAGUUGGACAAUGAUCCGAACUUUUGAGAAGAGAAGAGGUGAAUAUUCUAGAGCUUCCGAGAUUUUCGAAACACUAUUGAAUAUUCGAGAGCUCCUAAGAGCAUCAGGGGGGGUAGCAGUCGAAUUGUCCUACUGUGCAUUUAGCAAGUUACAAACUAGAUUCAAUAUUUAAGAAAAGGGUCUUUGGAUCACAUGAUAAAAUAGGAUAGUCCAAGGGGAGUUUCAAAUAGUCCGU